AUGGAAGAAAAAUUAGAUCAAGAUUUUCUAUUUUAUUUAACAUUCACCAAAUCGUUUUUUCGUAAUUUGAUUGAUAAGUAUGAUGUCGAAUUAUGCCAGGCUUGGCUGAAAAGGUUAUGUAGUGAAACAACGGGAGUAGCAGCAAAACGAUGUCGUAAUAUUUAUCUUUCACAAUUAGUCCUUGCCAUGCAGGAAGGAAAAUUGCGAGGCCCUUUCCAGCAACUACCUCCAGUCGGUCAUCUCGCCUCACCUCAGUGUGUUUUCGGUCCAGAAGAAUCCCCGGUGAUAGAG